AGUAUGCUCGAAGCCAGACUCAACCAAGCUCGUCUUCUCAAGUCUCUUCUCGAGGCCAUCAAGGAAUUGGUCACCGAAUGCAAUUUCGACUGUAACGACACUGGAAUUUCUCUCCAGGCCAUGGACAACUCUCACGUUGCCCUUGUGUCAAUGUUGCUCCGUUGCGAUGGUUUUGAUCCCUACCGUUGUGAUCGCAACAUUCCCCUUGGCAUCAACUUGGUCAAUCUCAGCAAGAUUCUCAAGUGUGCUCGCAAUGACGACACCCUUACCCUUAAGGCUGAUGAUGGUGGUGAUGUCUUGAGCAUGGUUUUUGAGAGCAAGGAUAGCGAGAAAAUCAGUGAAUACGAUCUUAGAUUGAUGGAUAUUGACAGUGAGCACCUCGGUAUUCCCGAGACUACCUACGAUGCCGUUGUCCACAUGUCAUCUGCCAAGUUCUCCGAAAUCUGUCGUGAAAUGCAGGUUCUUAGUGAUUCAGUUACUGUUGAGUGCACUAAGGAAGGCAUCAAGUUCUCUGGUGAUGGUGAGGUUGGUAAGGGUGGUAUUACCCUUAAGGCCAGCAGCUCUGUCGAUAGUGAUGAUGAUUCUACUGUCAUUGAACUCCAGCAGACUGUCUGCAUGACAUUUGCCCUCAAAUAUCUUGUCAACUUCACAAAGGCAACCCCACUUUCUCCCCGUGUCAGCCUCAACUUGUCUGCUGAGGUUCCUCUUUUGGUUGAGUACAAGCUUGAUAACCUUGGCCACGUUAGAUACUACUUGGCACCCAAGAUCGGUGAGGAUAACUAAAAAAAAAAGAUGAUAUAUAUAUAAUAUGCCAUUAUUUUGUUCCUCUCCAUCUUCUUCUUUCUCGCUUUUGUGUACGUAUUUCAUCGCAGUCUAUGGCACCUCUAUUUUUUUACAGCUUGUUAUUUCUCUCAAAUCCCUUAACCCUUUUUUUGCUUUUUUUUUAUAAAAAAAAUAUGUCAUUUUUUCUACUUUAUUCUUCCUUUUUUAUACUAUUCUUCCAUCAAUCUCAUUAUUGCGCUAUAAUAAAGUUGUGUUCUUCUAGCACUC